AUGCUGUUGUUAUCUAUUUGUUACAUAAAAUGCCCUUUUGUUUUUCUCUGCAAAUUUUGCCCUUUUGUUUGUUGUACCUUACAUCUCCGGUUUGUAUUUUUGACAGCUGCGAGGGCAUUGGAGUUGCUGAACUUCACUCCUCUCAAUGGGAAGCCCAUUAGGAUAAUGUACUCUCAUCGGGACCCUAGUAUACGCAAAAGUGGGGCUGGAAACAUAUUCAUUAAGAAUUUGGACAAGGCAAUUGACCAUAAAGCACUACAUGACACCUUUUCUGCAUUUGGGAACAUUCUUUCCUGCAAGGUAUCUACUGACAACUCUGGUCAGUCAAAGGGCUAUGGGUUUGUUCAAUAUGAUAGUGAGGAAGCAGCCCAACAAGCUAUUGAGAAGCUGAAUGGCAUGCUAUUGAAUGAUAAGCAAGUAUAUGUGGGACCCUUCCUUCGCAAGCAAGAAAGAGAAUUGGAUGUUGAAAAGACGAGCUUUACUAAUGUCUAUGUGAAGAAUCUGUCUGAAUUAACAACAGAAGAAGAUCUAAGUAAAAUAUUCAGUGAAUUUGGAAAAAUCACUAGUGUUGCAGUGAUGAGAGAUGGGAAUGGAAUCUCAAAAUGUUUUGGAUUUGUCAAUUUUGAGAAUGCAGAGGAUGCUAUUAGAUCUGUUGAGGCUCUUAAUGGAAAAAUAAUUGACAAUAAGGAGUGGUAUGUAGGGAAAGCCCAAAAGAAAUCAGAGAGAGAACAUGAACUGAAACUUCGAUUUGAACGAAGUGUGAAUGAGCCAGUUGACAAAUCUCAAGGGGUGAACCUAUACAUCAAAAAUUUGGAUGAUAGCAUUGAUGAUGAUAAGCUUAAGGAACUUUUCUCUCCAUUUGGUACGAUAACUUCAUGCAAGGUCAUGCGAGACACUAAUGGAAUAAGUAGGGGUUCAGGGUUUGUUGCAUUUUCAUCCCCUGAUGAGGCUUCUAGAGCUCUUCUGGAGAUGAACGGCAGGAUGAUUGUUAGCAAACCUCUUUAUGUUGCUCUUGCACAACGAAAAGAAGAGAGAAGAGCAAGGUUGCAGGCACAAUUUUCUCAAAUGCGUCCAAUUGCAAUGGCACCUGCAAUUGCUCCUCGUAUGCCGAUGUUCUAUGGUCAAGCACCUCCUGCUAUGAUACCUCCCCAACCUGGUUUUGGGUAUCAGCAGCAACUUGUUCCUGGUAUGAGGCCUGCUGGUGCUCCCAUGCCAAAUUUCUUUAUGCCACUGGUUCAACAGGGGCAUCCUGGUGGCAGACGUGCAGGAGCUGUUCCAACACAGCAGAGCCAACAGCCAGUUCCACUAAUACAGCAGCAGUUGCUUCCUAGGGGGCGUGGAUAUCGUUAUCCUCGAGGGCGCGGCAUGCCUGAUGUCUCCAUGCCAAGCAUAGGUGGAGGCAUGCUUUCUGUUCCAUAUGAUAUGGGUGGCGUGCAGUUGCGUGAUGCAAGAAUGCCUCAACCAAUUCCUAUUGGAGCUUUGGCUUCUGCCCUUGCAAAUGCUACUGCUGCAGAGCAAAGGAUGAUGCUUGGUGAAAAUUUGUACCCACUUGUGGAACAGCUUGAACCUGAUAUGGCAGCUAAGAUAACUGGCAUGCUUCUAGAGAUGGAUCAGACUGAGGUUUUGCACUUGCUUGAGUCGCCAGAAGCUCUGAAAGCAAAAGUUGCGGAGGCGUUGGACGUCCUGAGGAAUGUUUCACAGCAGCAGGCUGGCAGCCCUGCUGAUCAACUGGCCUCGCUCUCAUUGAAUGAUGGCAUUAUUUCUUAAAAUGGUGGUAUAUGUUCCCUUGAGUGCUUUUUCAAACGUAAGGCGUGGCCUUGAUGAAUUUAGAGUUUUUUGGUGGGGAAUUUACUGGUUUUGUCAAUACCAUCUGAACUAGUCUGCUUUGUGUGUUGUUAUGAACGCCAAGAUAUUUAUGCAUUUGUGCUUUGCAAACAUUUUCGUUUUUUGUUCUGUGGGCAUGGAGCCUCAUGGUAGUUUACCAACACUUCUACCUUGUAGGAACUUACUGUUUCUAUGAAUUCUCAACUUUAUAUUAGGGCAGCCUGGUAUAUAAAACUCUCGCCACUUC